AGCCAGCCAGCCUUGUUGGGAUCCACUCCACGUUCCCGCCGCGCGGCUCGAUCACAUGGCGCGCCAUUGAUAAGCUCGCCUUCCCUCGGUUCGGUUGGCUGAGCCUCUGUGCUGUACCGCCUCGAGCAGCUACACCGGCCGGGUGUUGGGGUGGAUGGUUGAUGGUUCGUGGUUGGUUGGCUGGUGAUUGCAAUGCGCGAGCUUCGUCGCUGAUCUCUGAGGCGUUAUAUAAUUCUCUUCCGUUGUCGUGUGAGGUGGAUGCGCGAUCCUAGGUAGAUCGUGUCUGUUUCUGAGGUCGCCAGGGUUGGCGAUGGGGAAGGCCGGGAGGUGGCUGAAGAGCAUCUUGGCGGGGAAGAAGGACGGCGGCAGGGGGAGGGAGAAGGUGCUGUUGCAGCAGCAGCAGCAAGGCGACGCGACGCCACUGCCGGCGGCGAGCCCCAGGGAGAAGAAACGGUGGAGCUUCCGGCGGCCAGCGCCGGCGCAGCAGGGGAAGGCCACGGCGCCGUCCCCGCUGUCCCUGGAGACUCCGGGCUCGGGGCUCGCCGGCCUGUCGGUGUCGGGCCGCGAUCUUGAGCUCGAGCAGAGCGAGCACGCGGUGCCGGUGGUCGUGGCUGCAGCCGCGGCCGCCGUGACGCGCUUGACGGCGGCGGAGGAGAGGGACGUGUUGGCGAGCUACCUCGUCGAGGAGGCGGCCGCCGCCAGGAUCCAGGCCACCUUCAGAGGCUAUCUGGCGAGGAAGGCGCUGUGCGCGCUGCGCGGGCUGGUGAAGCUGCAGGCGCUGAUCAGGGGCCAGCUGGUGAGGAGGCAGGCCAACGCCACGCUCCGCCGCAUGCUGGCGCUCGUCUCGGCGCAGUCACGCCUGCGCGCACGCAUGCUGGACGCAGACCACGCCGCCCAACGCCGGUCGCCGCAGCACCCCAGGCGCCGCAGCUCAUACGAGAUGGACCGGUCCGGCGAGGAGCACGUCAAGAUCGUGGAGAUGGACAUCGGCGAGCCGGCGCGGCGGGGGCGGAGCAGCUGCUCGGCGGCGGCGAGCGAGUCCAGGGAGCGGCGCCUCGCCGAGUACUACUACGGCCAGUGCUCGCCCGCGCCGUCGGCGUUGGGCGCCGAGCUCAGCCCUCUCGCGUACAGCGGCCACUUCGAGGAUCAGUUCCCGUUCGACCCCGCGGCGACGGCGCGGAGCAGCCCAUACGUGCCGCCGUACGCCGCCGACGGCUACGCCGAAGCUGAGCUCCCGGGGGCCGGAUUCGUCCCGAGCUACAUGGCGAACACGGAGUCGUCCCGCGCCAAGGCGCGGUCCCAGAGCGCGCCGAGGCAGCGGACCGACGCGAUGGAGCGGCAGCCCAGCCGCCGCCGCGGCGGCGGCGUCCCGGGCGCGCCCAGGAAGAUGAUGCAGCGGUCGUCGUCGCACAUCGGCGUGCCGGCGGCCGCCGCGUGCGGGUACGGGUACCCGUGGGCGGGCGUGAGGUUGGACCGGUCCAGCGCGUCGCUCGUGGGCAGCGAGUGUGGGUCCACGAGGUCCGUGCUCACCGCCGCCACCGUGGGCUACUGCCGCUCGCUCGUCGGAUUCGAGGUGCACAGGGCCCACUACUGAACAGCUUCAAGAAUUGGCAGGCAGCUCAGCAGUGCUGCCAGGUACUAUCAAGCAAUAGUCGACUGGUGGUCUGUGCACCUUUCCUUGCAAUAUAAUGUUGUAGAAAUUCAUUAGCGUCUGAUGAUCAGACUGUCAAAAUCGUAGAUUCUAAAUUGGAUUGGAGACUUGAUGGUAGGAUAGAAAUCACUGAGUCUAUGUAGAAUCUAAGACUUUAUCUGAUUCUAUCAAAAAAUAUAUAUUUAAUUUAUUAUGAUAUUCCUAGAGUGAUUUAGUACAUAACUUUAUACAAAAUAACUAUAUGAUACACUCAAAUACACAUAUUAAAUAGAAAAUAGUCAAAUAGUAAAAAGCCAAUAACGUAAACAACCAUAAGUGUAAAAAGCCAAUAGAAGAUGACUAUGUUGACUCUGUUUGGGAGCUCAACUUCCUCUUCUUUGCCUUUGCACAGCUCCC